AUGGGUAAACCAAUACCCACACUUAAAACCUUUGAAAUAGUAGUCAGUCCAGAAGGAGUAGCUAUUCUAACUUUGAAUCGACCCGAACGCGCAAAUUCAUUGAAUAAUGAGCUCUUACAGGAUUGGAUUAGGUCGAUUGAAUGGGCAACUGAAGCAGAACAAGUAAAAGUUGUUGUAGUAACAGGAAAAGGAAAUUUCUUCUGUAGCGGAUUGGAAUUAUCUGAGAUAUCUAACGAGGAAGAAUUGAAAAGAAUUGCAGAAAAACGUGUUAAUUUAUUUAGACAAUUAGUUGAUUUGUUAAUUGAUUUUCCAAAGUUGUUGAUAGCGGCCGUUAAUGGAAAAGCGUUUGGAUUUGGAGUUACGUUUCUACCACAUUGCGAUGUAGUUUACUCCGUACCGGAAGCAACUUUUCUAACUCCAUUCAUGCAAUGGGCAUUUUGUGUGGAGGGAUGUUCUUCGUAUCUAUUUCCAAAGUACCUUGGACAAUCGAUUGCUAGUGAAAUGUUGUUAAUGAACAAAACAUACGCGGCACCAGAAUUAGCAAAAGUCGGGUUCAUCAGUCGUUUAAUACCAAAAGAUCAUUUAAUUCAAGAGACACUAAAAGAGGCAACGAGAGUUUCAAAAUUUUCUUUCGAAGCUAUAAUAAAAUCAAAGGAAUUAAUCCGUAGAAAUGAAAGAGAAUUUCUACAUAAAAUCAAUCAGCGUGAAAAUGAGUUAUUGAUAUCAAGAUUAGUUUCUGAAGAUUCUCGUCAAGCCGUAUUGAAAUUUCUAAUAUCCGUUAUUAGAAAUUUAUCUGGUUUAUCAGAUUCAUUUAACAAGUCUUUUUCAAAUAAAAUGUUUUCAACCGUUCACCAUACUUUAUUAAAUCAACCUGCUCCUACUAACCUUGCUCUUAAAAAUCAAGGAGGUGAAUUGGUUGAAUUAAAAUCUUUGGUUGGUAAUGGUAAACCAUCGGUCAUAUUCUUUUAUCCCAAGGAUGAAUCUUAUGGUUGCACCAAAGAGGUAUGCAGCUUUCGUGAUUCUUAUUCCGUUUUCUCUGAUGCUGGUGCUACCGUAGUUGGUAUUUCUUCGGAUCCUGUUGAUAAACACAAGCAAUUUUCUGAUUCUCAAAGACUUCAAUUCCCGUUAUUAUCUGAUCCAAACAAUGAAGCAAGGAAGCUCUUCAAUGUUCCAAAGACUCUUGGCUUCUUGCCUGGUAGGGCUACCUUUUUAAUCGACAAAGAUGGUAUUAUUCGCGAUGUUUUCAAUUCCAUGAUGGAUUUUGAAGGACACGUUAAAAAAUCUUUAGAAUUCGUUAAAAAUCAAAACACACAACCUAAAAUGUAA